AUGUCAGACAAUAAAGAGGAGCUCGUACAACGUGCAAAGCUUGCCGAACAGGCUGAGCGCUAUGAUGAUAUGGCGCAGUCGAUGAAGAAGGUCACCGAACUUGGUGCCGAACUUUCCAAUGAAGAGCGCAACCUCCUCUCUGUUGCUUACAAGACUCGAAUGAAAGAGAUUGGUUUGCAGAACGUCGUUGGAGCACGUCGAUCUUCGUGGCGUGUCAUCUCGUCGAUUGAACAAAAAACCGAGGGUUCGGAGAAGAAACAACAAAUGGCGAAGGAGUACAGAGAGAAAGUCGAGAAAGAGCUCAGAGACAUCUGUCAAGAUGUUCUGAAUCUACUCGAUAAAUACCUGAUCCCGAAGGCCGGCAACCCUGAAUCAAAGGUGUUCUACUUGAAGAUGAAGGGAGAUUAUUACCGUUAUUUGGCCGAAGUCGCCAGCGGUGAUGACCGAAAUGUGGUAGUGGAGAAGUCGCAGCAGUCGUACCAAGAAGCAUUCGACAUCGCGAAGGAUAAGAUGCAGCCCACACACCCGAUCCGACUCGGGUUGGCGCUCAACUUCUCGGUGUUCUACUACGAGAUCCUCAACGCACCCGACAAGGCAUGCCAACUUGCAAAACAGAACGCGUACUCGGAGGCAUUUGACAUUGCAAAAGCGCGGCUUGCAGCCACCGACCCAGAGCGUCUGGGUCUUGCACUUAAUUACAGUGUCUUCUUCUACGAGAUCUCGUCAAGUCCUGAUCGAGCAUGUCAACUUGCAAAGCAGGCGUUCGAUGAUGCAAUUGCUGAAUUGGAUACCCUUAACGAGGACUCGUAUAAGGAUAGUACCUUGAUCAUGCAGUUGUUGCGAGACAACCUUACCCUGUGGACGUCCGAUUCAGGCGCUGAAGACCAAGAAGGCGGUGAGCAGACCGGUGAGACGGGCGGCAAUUGA